AUGUGCCAUUCAACUGAACCACCCACCCCUCCCCCUGCUACUGCUACAGUUUAUAAUCUGAAGAAUUUGGCAAGGUAAAUAAUGAUCAAUAUAAGACCAUCAUACCUCAUAAUUCCCUGAGAGAUGUGCUAAUGAGCAAUACUUGGUGGCCCUGGACCCCGGGGGGGGGGGGNNNCCCGGGGGGGGGGGUACUCCCAUACAUUACCUAUGUGGGUAUGUGCAGCCCAACGGGGUCGUGAUUUUGAAGCUCCUGAUUUAGAACGGGGUACCCUUUCAGAGGCGUUUUUUAGAACGGGGUAUAAUAUUUCGAACGCACGAAAGCUCCAGUUUUGUAAGCAGCCAUUUGAAAUUAUUCAAGUACAGAUUGCUUUUAAAAAUACGGUUCAAUGAGUUAACAAGCAAACUGUUGUGCUCUUGUUGCACCCUAUAACGGAGUAUAAAAAAUUGGCCCAUUUCUAGAACGGGGUAUCAAUUUUAGGGGAAAUUUUUUUUAGAACGGAGUGCCAAUUUGGAGUCCCGGGUGGCACAUACCCACCUAAAAAAAAACCCAAGUGCCUCCCCCUCCCCGGGCCCUGGACUGAUUACUUUGAUUGUUCUCUUGUGUGACUAGGAAAUCUUGAAAAGGGAUGUUUUUCAAUGAAUAGCGUUCUGAAGGAAAACAAAAUCACUGUACUCUCAUUCGGAGUUGACCCUGUGAACAUCUGGUCACCAGUCCAAAUGUUUUGUCACUGACCUACAGGAGACUGGUGGGAGUUAAAGCCAUUUAGUUGAGUCUGGAGUGUCAUAAAGCUCAUGUGCUUGGCACCUUAGAUUUCACUGGGUGAGAGCUUUAGAUCAGACUCUCUGCAAUUUUUGUUAUAGCACAGUCUUGACUUGCAUUUGAAAUGCAAUUUUUUCUGAAGUGCAGUUUGAAGGAUUCUGUUAUGAAACCAGAGCUAGCACCAACAUUUUUUCUUACCCCCUGGCAACGAGGUUGAGCUGGCACCGCUGCUAUUAUUAAUUUAUCUUUAACUUGCCUUACCUCCAGUUGUAAUAAUAACAUUAUUAUCGUAGUUUUCCUGGCUUGCAUGCUCUUGUAUAUUUGUUUCUUUGUGGCAGUGAGGUAUGAAAUGAAAUUUGAGUUGCAUUUUAUCUCUGUUUUGACAGAAGGACGGUGUAUUCAACCCCGCCCAACAGACCUACAGAUGGCGAUCUUGAAGAUGAUAUUGUGACGACUCCUUCAGUGGAACUGAAAUCCAAAAAUAGCAGAAUUAUAUCUGACGUUGAGAGCGAGAGCAUUCAAGCUGAGCUUGCAGGGCUCGAGGAGGUUUAUCAGAGAGUGUGCCGU